AGGGGGGCGCAGCUUCGGUGGCCCUCCCACCCCCAACGAUCGGUUCCCCAACAGUCUUUACGCUGCGCUGCUGCCUUUACUCACACUCUGGUUCAGUAUGGCCCCUACCACCCCCACCGCCGGCGCCCACCUCUCGGCCAGGCCGAUCGCCACAACCGGUGGCGUAGGAGGCAAUGGGCCUUCUGAGGAGGCGAUCGACGUCAGCAGCAGCAGCAGCACGGAGUCAGACUCCGGGAGCGCCGGGAAGAGGCCUCGGUGCCGGCUGAGGGUCGGCCGGGCGGAGAAGAGGGCUAGGGUGCUAGCCGCCGUGCCGCCUGGAUUCCUCGAGCCGCUUCCUCCACCGCCGCGUAAGGCUGUGACGAAGCAGUUCUGGAAGGCCGGGGAGUACGGUGGCAAUCGGCAGCUGCUCGGGAGUGACCCUGCGCAGCAUUCUGAUUCAGGGAUGGAACAUGUUCGUGUCCAUCCUAGAUUUCUGCACUCAAAUGCGACAAGCCACAAGUGGUCUUUAGGGGCUUUCGCUGAGCUUCUGGACAACUCUCUUGAUGAAGUUUCAAAUGGAGCUACAUUUGUGAACAUUGACAUGUUGGAAAAUAAGAAAGAUGGAUCUCGAAUGCUGCUUUUUCAAGAUGAUGGUGGUGGCAUGAGCCCAGAGAAAAUACGGCACUGCAUGUCCUUGGGUUAUUCAGCAAAGAGCAAAGUUAAAAAUGCCAUUGGACAAUAUGGAAAUGGUUUCAAGACAAGUACAAUGCGACUUGGUGCUGAUGUUUUAGUUUUCUCACGUAGUUGUAGUAAUGAAGAAAGAAGUCUUACACAGAGCAUUGGAAUGCUAUCUUAUACCUUCCUGAAGAGCACUGGUAAAGAUGACAUUAUUGUUCCAAUGAUUGAUUAUGAAAAAAGACAAGCUUGGAACAGGAAGGUGCGGACAACAUUGGGUGACUGGUAUACGAGCUUGCAGACGAUAAUCCAAUGGUCUCCUUAUUCUAAUGAAGCAGAACUUCUUCAGGAGUUUAGCGCAAUUAAUGAACAAGGAACUAGAAUCGUUAUAUACAAUCUGUGGGAGGAUGAGCAGGGGCAGUUGGAGCUUGAUUUUGAUGCUGAUGUAAAUCAGGAUAUUCAAAUUAGAGGGGUUAAUAGAGAUGAGAAAAGCAGCCUGAUGGCAAAGCAGUUUCCAAACUCCAAACACUUUUUUACCUAUAGACACUCUUUAAGGACUUAUGCAUCGAUUUUAUAUCUCCGAGUCCCAUACGACUUCCGGAUGAUUUUACGGGGAAAAGAGAUUGAACACCAUAAUAUUAUCAAUGAUAUGAUGCUAAAGAACCAGGUUACUUAUAAGCCAGUCAUGAGUAAUGGAUAUCCGAAUGAUACAGAUAUGGUGGCUAAUGUUACAGUUGGUUUUGUUAAAGACGCGAAACAUCAUGUUCCCAUUCAGGGAUUUAAUGUUUACCACAGGAACCGCCUAAUAAAGCCUUUCUGGAGGGUAUGGACUCUUCCUGGAUCUCAAGGCCGUGGUAUUAUUGGUGUACUUGAAGUCAAUUUCGUAGAGCCAGCUCAUGAUAAGCAGGACUUCGAACGCACAAACAGUCUCUCAAGACUGGAAGCACGAUUAAUUUUAAUGCAGAAGAAAUACUGGUCCGAGAAUUGCCAUCGAAUAGGUUACGGUGGUAAUCGUGCUAAGAAAAGUUCUGGGACAAGAGAUACAGGGAGUUCACCUGAAGAUACCCCCCACACAGUUCCAUCAUUGUAUCGACCUUCGAAAAGUUGUGAGAAGUCAAAUUAUUUGCAAAUAUCCCAAGAUGCUGAGAUAUUACAUUCUGGGUCAAAUCAUAAGAUUAGGAAAACUAGAAUGUCACCCUUGGAUAUGAGCACGCAAUUCUCUUCAAGACAAAUGGCCCAGCAGACAGCUGAGAAGUCCGCAAAGACUGUAAAAUCUGCAAGAUCAGUACGGCGUAGUCUGUCAUAUAUAAGCGAUGAUAGUGAUACUGAGAUUGCUGGCACUGCAUCAAGACCAAUUUAUAAUAUCAUAAAUACACCUGAAAGAACAUUUAACAAUACUAGUUUCCAUUUACUUCCAUCGAAUGGAGUAACACGGACUGAAAGGAUGACAACCAGAUCCAAGUCAAAGGAAGAAACUGUAAAAAAUAAUGGAGAUGGGGGAACUAUUGAGGACCCUGAGACUAUUAUCAAGCAAUUGAAGGAUGAAAAUUCAUCAUUAAAGGAACGUAUGUUGAAGAUGGAGGAGUCGAUAUUGAAGGAAUUGCAGGCAGAGCAAGAGAAGAACAAGUGUCUGCUUGAGAGAGCGGAGAAUGCACAGGCGCAGCUUGAAACUGCAAAAAAGGCGCUUGAAGCAUUGAAGAAUGCCUUUUCGGAAGAAAUAAGGCGUCGGGAGCAAGAAGAACAGGAUUUGAGAAACAAGCUGAAGGAGGCAUCUUGUACCAUCCAGGACCUGACGGAGCAGCUGAGUGCGGCAGCUAGGAGAAACUGUCGACGGAAGAGUUAAAAAGGAAUAGACGUGCGGAAUAAAUAACCUCGCCGCAGCGGUGUGUCACGACUGUCAUCGUCUUCUCGUCCUAAAUCAAUAAUCGACGCUCUGGUGCGUCUAUGUCCAGGACUCCUCCAGGCUCCAGGUAGUUAAAAGCUACUAUACAACGGAACUGUGUCUCAGUCCUGUUGUAUGCUGUGCAUAUGCAUGUAUCAAUUAUUCAGGCGUGGAGGACGUAUACACCUGUACCGAAUAGUUUAUAGAAUCUAAAUCGAAGGAAAACUGAAUACCAGAGGCAGAGAAAAAAAUAAAAUAAUAAAUAAUAUUAAAUAGUACGAAUAAUAAGAUCCAUCAUCAGCAUGCAUGUAAGAUCACAAUUCACAAAUGCAUCGAAUUCUAUGA